CUCUGCUCUUGCUCGGCUCCAUGGGGAAAAAGCAAGGUCCGCAGCCUGUCUGCAACUGGUUCCUGUUAUCCUUACCAAUUUCCUGACUCGAUGCGGCAUAGCGCCAGCUCUGAUUGUUCUGAUCGGCCCAGUCUCCAUGUUAUAACUACCUGCUUCACUUACAAAUCGUUGGAAUUCGAACUCAUUACUUCUACUGCUGUCAGUGUGACUGCUAUAUCAUAAUGAAUUUUGUUCAUCCUCCCGUGCUAAUCGUAGGUGCUGGACCAGUGGGUCUGGUAGCAGCGUUGACGCUCCUUCAAAAUGGUAUCUCAGUUCGCAUCAUCGAUAAAGACCCCCAUCCUCGCAUCGGACAGCGUGGUACUGGAAUAUGGCCACGUUCCCGCGAACUCUACAACUUCCUGGGCGUUUCAGAAGUCAUCAGUCUGGCAAAACCAGCCCCUCCCAUCCGUUUUUACAAGCCUGGGACGUUGGAAACUCUGAAAGACUUAGUGCUGGUCCCGCAUGUCGAACCUACUCCAGCAAUACCAUUCAACGGCCACAGAUCGAUGGGUCAACAACUCCUAGAUGUCAUUCUGCGACGCCACCUAGAGAAAUUCUCUUGUUCCGUCGAGAUGGGCACAGAACUCCGCUCGUUCGAGCAGUCCGAUGAGGGCGUCACCGCUGUUCUGGCAAAGAAUGGCAUAUCAGAGACUUUUGAUGCCAAGUGGAUCAUCGGCGCUGAUGGCGCUAAAGGCAUCGUGCGCAAGCAACUUGGUCUCACAUUUUUGGGCGAGACUAGAGACGAUGGCCAAAUGGUGACUGGAGAUAUCCGCUUGAUGGGCGUUGGCCUCGAUAGACUGCAUUGGCACCAAUUUGGAAACAUGAAUGAACGAGGCCUUUCAUUGCGUCCAACAGACGAAGUUGGCGAUGACGGCUGGCAAUUUUUCCUCUUUGGUCGCGAACUAGAUUUGACUAAGAUAGCCGAGAGCGAAAAGCUCGUUUUUGAGACCAUCGUGUCGUUGAUACCAACAGAGAUUUCAGUCAACAAGUUGGUUUGGAUGAGCUACUUCCGGCCCAAUAUCCGGAUGGUGAAUAAGUUUAGCGAGGGUCGAGUGUUCGUUGCAGGCGAUGCUGCUCACGUCCAUAGCCCAACGGGUGGUCAGGGACUCAAUUCAGGCGUACAAGAUGCAUUCAAUCUAGGAUGGAAGCUUGCGCUCGUCCAGAAAGGGUUCGCCGACAAAUCUCUUCUCGAGACAUACAGCGCCGAGCGUCUGCCUGUGAUCUCCGAGAUGCUCGGCGUGACCACCUCGAUUCUCAACAAGACGAUAGCAUCCAAAGGCGCGCGGUUCGAACGAAGUCCCAUUCUGUUCAUGCUCGGCAUCAACUGCCGAUUCAGCACCAUCGUACUCGAUGAAUUUGUGAAUUCAGUCGAGGAGAAACCGAUCAACGCAUACGGAGUGCUUGACGAGGAGCAUCUGGAGGCCGGGGACAGGGCGCCUGAUGCACCCAAUAUGCUGCAGGUGGGGCGCGCAGAGCCUGGCGCGACGACGCUUUUUAGUUUGUACAGACCUUGGUACCACACAAUCCUUGUAUUUGCGCCAAGUCUCGCUGAUGCUACCCCAAUCUUGGGUGCACUGGAGACAUACGACAAAAGUGUCGUACGAUCGGCAGUCGUUCUGCCAUCAUCGGCAUCAGUAACGUCUGUCGCAUCUCCUGCUGAUCUCGUUCUCGUUGAUCAGGAGGGCCAUGCUUAUUCGGCUUACCUCAUGGAAGCUGGUCAGACGAAGGUGUUUGUGAUACGGCCAGACGGAGUGGUUGGGGCGAUAGUUCAUGGUACGGAAGGCGUAAAGAAGUAUUUCUCAAGAAUAUUUGUAGACACUUAGUGGCCC